AUGUCGUCACUAGAAAAUGGUUAUGUAAAUCUGUUUAAGAGAGGUAAUAGAGCAGUUCAUGUAAAUCCUCCAACUGGUACCGAUAUUCACUUGACUGAAAGUGGUUCAGAUUGGUUGUGGACUGUCUUCUCAGUUUUUGGGUUCUUAGGUGGUAUUUAUGCUAUUAUGUUUUUUUAUGUCGAAAACAAAAAAGAAUAUAAUAAGCUACAAAGAUAUACCAUUGCAGGUCCAUUUAUUAUUUGUAUUUUUGAAUCAUUUGCAUACUAUACUUAUGCAUCCAAUUUAGGUUGGGGUGGUAUUCAAGCUGAAUUUAGAGGUGAAGAUGUUAGUCACAGUAUUACAAAUAAAUAUCCAAACGUUAGACAGGUCUUUUAUUGUAAAUUUAUUGGAUGGGUAUUAAGUUGGCCUGUUCUUUACUUUUUAAAUGAAAUGGCUUCUCUAUGUGUCCAUGCAGGUGAAAAUAUUGAUUUCUUCUUUUGGGAUAUUGCACAUUCUCUAUUAGUUCAAAUUCUAGGUACCACCUAUUGGAUUGUUUGUUUGCUAGUUGGUAUUUUAAUUCAUUCGACUUAUAAAUGGGGUUAUUGGGUUAUGGGUGUCUUUGUUUUGCUAACAAUUGAAGGUAUUAAACUAAAGAGACAAAUUGUUGACUUGAAGAUUAGAGGUUUCCAAUUAUGCGUCUUCCUUACCCACACUAUCAUUGUAUUACUAUACACUGUUUGUUGGGGUCUAUCUGAAGGUGGUAAUGCCAUCACUCCAGAUGCAGAAGCUGUCUUUUACGGUAUUUUAGAUUUAUGUCUAUUCGCCAUUUACCCAGGUUAUUUAUCCUGGAUUAUUAACAGAUAUGAUUGUUUACCAGGUAUUAAUACCUCUUUACCAAGACCACAGCAAACAAGCUCAGAAGAAAAACGUUAUGCUGGUAAAGAAUUGCCAAUGUCACCAAGAAAUUCAGGUGAAACUGCCAUUGGUGAUAAUGAAACUGAAAUUGAAAACAGUGAAGAUGAGGAAGAACCAGGGGAAUCUAGUUCUGCUGCUGCAGGUGACGCUCCUUCUGUAACAGUUUAA